GUUGAGUGAAUGGGAACUCGAUUUGCAUUCAAUUGUUUAGUGUUUCGUUCAAUCAUUUGAAUUGCAUUUGAGUUUUGCUUUUCAUUUGAAUAGCUAUUCAUUGAUUGGUUGCAAAUUGGGAUCAAUUUCAUGACAACUGUGAACAUGAGUGAAGCCAACGAUGUGUCCAACAAUGAUAAUCAAGUGACUUGUAAUAUGACCGCAGCCACGGAAGCAAAUAACGAUGAAUUGAUUUUAGCUCAAGAGAAACAGAUCGAGAAGGAGAUCGCAGACAAGACAGAUCUGGUCGGACAGCGACUCGAGGUCUCGAAACUCGUGAACGAAUAUUCAGCCGACGAUCACAUCUAUCGCCACAAGAUUUUCGAUUUGCAGAAGAGUUACGCCUUCAUCCGGAAGACCAGACCCGACGGCAACUGCUUUUUCCGUGCGUUUAGUUUUGGAUAUUUUGAGUAUUUAUUGCGAGAUCGACAAGAGUUGGACCGGUUUUGGCCAAUCGCUCAGCAAAGUAAGGAUAAGCUCGUGGAACAGGGCUUUCCUCAGUUCACUAUCGAAGACUUCCACGAAGUGUUUAUGGAUAUCUUAAAGAAAAUAAGGGAAGGAAUCAAAGUCGAGGAAUUGGUUGAACUGUUCAACGAAUCGGGAAUUUCAGACUAUUUAGUGGUUUACGUCCGACUCAUCACUUCAGGACACCUUCAGAAAGAAUCUGAGUUUUUCUCGAAUUUCAUUGAAGGCCACAGAACUGUCUCUGAGUUCUGUAAGCAAGAAGUGGAACCGAUGUAUAAAGAGAGCGAUCACAUCCAUAUCAUCGCUUUGACCGCUGAGUUCAAAGUUGGCGUUCGUAUCGUAUAUAUGGACAGAGGAGAGGGAGGAAAGGCUAACACUCAUGACUUUGGCAUAGAAGACGGCUCACCUGAUGUGCCCAAAGUAUUUCUACUCUACAGACCAGGUCAUUACGAUGUACUCUAUCCAGUCAACUGAAACAUUGGUUUCAUGAUUAUAAUUAUUACUACUUUAUUAAUGAUUUAAUAAUAAAAUAAUAAUAAUAAUAAAUUUUCUGCAAAACUCAUCCAAUUUUUAAAAAUAUUGUUUUUAUUUUGAAUUACAUUUACA